GCGAUCUAUCUGUUGUCUUUCGCCGUUAUCCACUCUGCAUACGACACUAUGUCGGCUUCUUUGAACAAGAACCAAAUCACUUCAGGUCUGAAUGAGGAAGAACCGCUCCCGGAUAUGAAAUGGCGUGUGUUGAAAGCCUGUCAAUGGUGUGCCCAGAGGAGGCGCCGUGAUGAAGAGCCCUACCAGGCUUGCGGGGCUUGUAAAGAGGUGAUUUAUUGUAGCAAAGAGUGUCAGAAGGCACAUUGGCCCUUGCACAAGGGUCCUUGCCGCGUCUCCGUCCAGUUCCAAAAGACAUUGCGCGACGAGAAAGGUAGAGCGAAGGAGAUCGCUGUGUUUAAGAAGUGGCACUCGACACACUGGACCGUCCUCACCCACACCUUCAUGUGUGCUCUCAACUACGCCGCUGAACCCUCCAUCGCUGCCUGUCACUUCCUCUUCAUCACCGUCUCUCCCAAACCGAACCAUCAUUCUCGAUCAAUCCCCACCGCAAAAAAAUACACAGUUACUGGUGCAUUCGUCCUUACCGAGGCCGAAGGACGCGGGAUCAUGGCCGCGAAUGGGCCCGGCCAGGCGGACCGGAUCUUGAACAAUAUAGAGGCAUCGGCGGAGCAUCAGCGGGCUCGAGGGAAGGGUAACACUUUGGGGAGGAUGCUGUUGGGGUUGGAGAUGGAGGAUGGGUCCAGAGUGUUAGAUUGCGUGACUUUGCAGUUGCCGAGGCCGGAGCUAGCGAUGGCGUCGAUGCAGAACAGUGCCUGGGGACCGGACGACGACUGGCUCUCCCAUCUCAAGCGGGCUCUGGAGAAUGGCGUCGUGUUUCAUUCUGUUGCUGUGCCGUGAGAAUCGUCAUUUCGGCGCAGUCGGAACGAUGGUGUUCUUGAUUUCAGUUCAGCGAUUUCGCUCUUCCGUAUGACCUUCGUGUGCCUGUUACAGCAUAUAGGUGACUAGGAGGACUUUUUACGGUACACGAUGUAUGACCCUCCUUCAAUGUAAAGAG